AUGGCUCAAAUUAAGCUAACCUUUGCUUUUCUUGUCCUCGUUUUGAUUUUCUGCCAAGAAAUUCAAUGUGUCGAGGGAAGGAAAUUAAAGUUUGAGAGACAAAAUGCAUCCCCAGAGCUUCAAAUUUACAACAAAAUCCAUGAAAAAGAAACGUGGAAGUUUGCUGAGCAAAAAGACGAGAGCACCACUGCCAGAGCUGCAGAUGCUAGUGUGUCUCCACAGACAGCUCCAACUACGCCAGUUGGGGAAUUCGUACGUCUACCUCCAAAACAUGGAGGUGAAUCCAGGCCAACUGCUCCAGGACACAGUCCCGGUGUUGGUCAUGCCAUUCAAAACUAG